CCAGGAGGAAAUAAAUCGUAUAGAGAAAGAGAAUGGAGUUAAAAUCACAGCAGAAGUGAAGGUGACACUGCCACCAGAACAAGAUGGAGACCCACACACAGCUUUGUCCAAGUUCACAGACCUUGUCCAGACAUGCUUAAAUAAAUCCAAUGCCUCAAUCGUUCCUCUAAAGUACGUAGAUCCAGAAGAAUGGAAGGACGCACUGAAAAUCAUCCAGAAAACUGAGAACAAGCUUUUGCUCACUCUGUCUUCUGAACACAUGACCAUAUUUGGGCCAAGCCAAAGUCAAGCAGCCUUCAGUAAAUCUUUAAAUGCAGCACAGAAAACCUUUCCAAACACCAGCACUACUUUUGGAGAGUCUGCUUGGGCAUCACAAGAUGCACCACUGAAGAUUGGCAUGAACAUCAAGGACCCUCUUGUUAAUGACGGGAUAACCAUGGAGCAGAACCACUGGAGGCUGAUGACUACCUCCUGCAGUCGGCACGUAGACGACAUCAAAGCAAAGUUUGGUGUGGAUUUUAAAGAAUCAGACAACGGUCAAGGCAAAGUCACUGUCAAAGCUUGCUACAACAGAUCUGAAGGAAAUGUGUUGAUGGAGAGCCACGCUGUCAGAGCUUUUCUUAAUUUGUUCCAGAGGUUUACAACAACACCCAUGAGCCUCACCCAACAGUAUGGUGCCAGUGGGUUCACUGACCCCUCAAAGAACUUGAACAACAACUAUCAGUCAGAAGGUGCCUCCAGUGGACUUGUGUUUAAUGGACAAUCGAUCCACAAUGAAGAGGGAGCAACAGCAGGAGGCAGUGAAGACGACAACUGCCCUAUAUGUAUGGAUAAAUUUACUAAUAAGAAACAACUUAAAUGUAAACAUGAAUUUUGUGAGGAAUGCCUGGAACAGGCAGUGAGUAGCAUGGGACCCAUCUGUCCUGUAUGCAAAGAUGUCUUUGGUCCAAUAGAGGGAGACCAGCCAGAUGGAAAGAUGUCAUGGAAGUCAGUUCGGUAUUCCCUGCCUGGAUUCCCAGACUAUGGCACAAUAGAGAUAGACUAUAAUAUUCCAUCUGGAAUUCAAAUGGAAAAACAUCCUAAUCCUGGACGGACCUACUCUGGUAUUAGCAGAACAGCAUAUCUUCCAGACAACAAAGAGGGCAAUGACGUGCUGUGUCUGUUGAAGAAGGCGUUUGACCAGAAACUCAUUUUCACUAUUGGGAUGUCCAGAACGACUGGGUUGGAUGACCAGGUGAUCUGGAAUGACAUUCACCACAAGACGUCCACAGGAGGAGGACCAGAGAAUGUUGGUUAUCCUGACCCUAACUACCUGAGCAGAGUCAGAGAGGAGCUGAAGGCUAAAGGCAUCAAGUGAACACUGAUACAGAGUGGCUUUGGAAGGUUGUAGUCACAAGUUUAAUAUCACAUUCAAAGAUUAAGAUGAUUUUUUUUUAAACCAACUGAUGCACAUAUCAUUGUAUGCUAUUUCUUUGUAAUUUUUCAUUCUAUCAUUAAGGGUUGAUGUUCAUUAGACAGCAUUUACAGCUUGAGUUAAUCGUUUGAUUAAGCUUAAUUUUUUUUUCUUCCCAAAUUAUAACUUGAUGUGCAUACAUUAAUUUCACUGUCUGCAGUACACAUGAUCAGAUUUACUACUGAA